AUGGCGUUCGCAUUCCAUACCCAACCCACACCGUCCAUCGCGAAGUCUCAAUCCCAGUUUGAGUGCAAACCGCAAUCGAGCCGUCACUCUCAGAGCCCAUCCGACAGUCUAUCGAAAAGCUUCUCCAAGACUCCCACCGUCGUCUACACCCUCGUCGCACCAGGAGAGCAGUUGCAUUUGCUCGCCUAUCUCCAGCCCAACAUCCUUCCGAGGACAUUCCGCAACUUAAGUCUCUUCGACUUGCCACAAGAGAUACAGGAGAUCAUCUACGCAAACUUAAUCACCGGCGCCGCCACUAGUACCACCCCUACGUCGUUCAUGGCAUCCUGCCAUCGUGCCCUUUACUAUGCCCGCAAGAUACUUAUCCCAAAGAUGGUUCUCGUCUCGAACUUCCACAUGGGAAUAUGGCCCGCGGAUUGGACCGACAUUGAGAGAGAAGUCGUGGAUAUUCCUCCACUUCCACUAGGAGUCAAGGCGCUCUCGGUUGAAUUCUAUGUCGAGGAGUCGAACAACACCGAAGACGUCGAGCCAGAUGAAGAACUCUCCCAGGAUCUCUGCCAAUACCUUACCAAACAGGCCUUAAACGGCUUGCACGCUGCCGUCAUUAUCUCUUCUCUGCGUACCAGACGUGUUACUCGCGACGACAGGGCGCUGUGCGAUCGUGCUGUCUUUCAAGCAAUCGCAUUUCAUACAUGCGUGCUGCAAGAGUACAGAGUCGGGUUGUGGUAG